AGGCCCCAGCGUUUACCUAAUAACGUCACGUCGCUGCCUCUUCUAGGAAGCGGCCAAUUGUGUCCUGCGAGUCUUAUUGGAGCCACUCGCGAGGCUAUAUAAAGAAGAGCUUUUGGGGACAGGAGUCAGUCUGGAGCCUUAUUUUGCAUACCUCGGGGCUUUACUCAUCAUGAGAAGUGAACAAUUUCUGGUGCUUUCGCUCGGGGCGGUCCUUGCUGCGGCCGGGCCUGUUCCGUCGAGCGGCGCCUUCAGUCCUGCCGUGGUAACAGGAGACAGAUUAUCGCCCAUCGAAUCCUUGAAAACGCUAAAAGGGAGGUCUUCCGCCAUAACGUUGCCUGACAGCUCCCACUUCCCCAAAGUGGAGCCUGCUGACCCCGAAGCCCUCGUGAGAUCCAAGAGAAACUCCUACUACGAGCGGGAUGACCCCUGGGGCAGAGACAGGAUGUACGGACGUCGUCGAUACAAGACAGGUCGUAGGAAAUAUAAUUCUGGUCGAAUAAGGUACUUCUACCAGCGAAAGAAACCCUCGAAGAACGGAGGACCUGAUUAUAACUACGAAGACUCUUCCCCGAAAUACUCCAACGAGGGCUAUGUCCCCAGGGCCGUCGUCAGCGCACCUCCGUCUGAGCCUCGCAGGUCCACCGGAGGAUUCGUCUCGGCCAGGUCGUCAGGAGUUGCCAGAGUGGAGGAGACCGCUUAAACCACACUUGAUUUAUUGAUAGUCCCAUUCCACAUACUGAGAUGAUUAUCUUUUGUUGCAGUGGGUUAUGGCAAUGUAAGUUAAUAUCUAUCUAUCGUCAAAGCCUUCCACACAUGUACUUCAUAUUCUCUGAAAAUUACUUGUGUAUAAACUAAAUUAUUCAUAUAUUACGAGAGUUUUGCAUACCUUUAUGUACGGGUAUGAUAUUCUAUUCACUCUGAUUUUCAGAGUAUUUAUUUUUACAUAUCUCAUAAAGAGGCUUUAAUGUAUAUAUUUAUAUAGGUAAGACUGCAGUUUUGUCUUCUGAUAUGUAUGAUUAUACGCGUUUUCAGUCCUAUGAAAUGCAACAGAUGCAUUAGUAGGAUGAAGCUAAUAAAAAAGAUUUUCUAAAA